AACACCCCCCCCCCCCCACCCACCUUUUUGACAACAAAAGCUUCGAUCUUUCUCACUUCGAAAAACCCUUUUAACACAAACUUGGGAUAUCUCAGAAUUUCUUGCAGAAUUAAUGGUCUGAGAAAGAAAGGAGGUUCGAAACUUCUAACAUGCUCCAUCAUCAUUCCAACACACCUUUCCUAAAUCAAGAAGGGUCUGGUGGAAAUACAACCUUCGAUUUUGGAGAACUUGAAGAGGCAAUAGUUCUGCAAGGAUCAGUUCAUAACAACCCCAAAACCAUCAAUAAUGAUGAUACUACAAAACAAGCUUUAUAUUCUUCCUCAGCAGUCAGGCCUACAGCUGCCACUUUGGAUAUGUUCCCUUCUUGGCCCUUGAGAUUCCAGCACCUCACUUCCACGAGAAUUAGUUCAAUUGGAGAAGAAGAGAGUACUGAUUCUGGAUCAGCUGUUAACACAGCCUCUCCUUCUUCUUACUCCGAUCACCGCCUCCGCCGCCCUCCGCCGCCGCAGAUGGACGCCGGAAUUUCCGCCGACGGCAGCCAACCCCCCAAACAAAUCCCGGAAAAGAGAAGAGGGCCUGGUUCAAAUUCAGACAAAGUUCUUGAUGCCAAGACAAUGAGACGUUUAGCACAAAAUAGGGAAGCAGCAAGGAAGAGCAGACUUAGGAAAAAGGCAUAUGUGCAGCAGCUGGAAUCAAGCAGGAUCAGGCUCAGUCAGCUUGAACAAGAUCUUCUAAGAGCAAGAUCACAGGGUCUUUUCUUGGGAGGAGUUGGGGUUACAGGUGCCAAUAUUAGCUCAGGCGGGGCGAUAUUCGACAUGGAAUAUGCGAGGUGGCUCGACGAUGACCACCGGCACAUGUCCGAGUUGCGCGCGGCAUUGCAAGCGCAUUUAUCCGACAGCGAUUUGAGGGUCAUAGCGGACGGGUACAUCGCACAUUACGAUGAGAUCUUUCGCCUAAAGGGCGUCGCCGCCAAGACCGAUGUUUUUCAUUUGAUCACGGGAAUGUGGGCUAGCCCCGCCGAGCGUUGCUUCCUCUGGAUGGGCGGUUUCCGGCCAUCUGACCUAAUUAAGAUGUUGAUCGCGCAACUUGAUCCGUUGACGGAGCAACAAAUAAUGGGAAUUUACGGGUUGCAACAAUCGUCCCAACAAGCCGAGGAAGCGCUUACGCAAGGACUCGAGCAACUACAACAAUCGUUGAUCGACACCAUAGCCAAUAGCUCGAUCGAUGAUAGUAUGCACCAUAUGGCUCUAGCAUUGGGAAAGCUUGCAAAUCUCGAAGGCUUCGUCCGACAGGCGGAUAAUUUACGACAACAAAUGCUUCAUCAGCUACGACGAAUACUAACCGUGAGACAAGCCGCACGAUGUUUCUUGGUGAUUGGCGAGUACUAUGGUAGAUUACGAGCUUUAAGCUCUCUUUGGGCGUCCCGACCGCGAGAUCAGGCAAUGAUGGGAGAUGAAAAUUCAUGCCAAACAAGCACAGAUUUGCAGAUGGCACAACAACAACAACAACAAUCUUCUCGAAGUCACUUCUCAAAUUUCUGAUCAGACUUAGAAAUUAAGGAAAUAUCUAAUUUUGUUUUUUAUUUUAUUUUAUUUUAGUUUACUUUUUAAAUAUCGAAUAUAUAUAUAUAUAUAUAUUGUAGUAUAAGGUCCCUUGUAAAUGUAUAUCGAUAUUUAUGCAAAAUAUCUUCAUUUGCCUUUCAGAGUUUUGAACUUGUU